UUUUACUCAGAAACCAGGACCAGGCGUCUGUGGAGGACGCUGGAGCGGCCGCCUGCCGCUUGGUUUCUCUCACACCAUCUGGGCAGGAACACCUGGGCCUCAUAUUGUCUGGAGAGUCCUCAUUCCUGCCAAUCCAGGGAGGGCCAGGCCCAGAGCUGCGAGAGGUUGGAGGAAGGCUGUUGUCCAAGCCUGCGGAGCUGGACCUCCACCCCAUUGUUUGCCCUCUAAGUGUUGCUCCUGAAGCCACCACUCCCCUCCCUCUGUGAGCCCAAGCUGUGUGGCCUGGCCUCCCUUCUGCAGAAAUCGCUCCAACAGCUCCUGGGGCCAGGCUUGUGGUGAGGAGCAAGGAGAUGAAUGUCGAAGCCAAGUACCGCAUGGCCUCCCUGUAUGUCGGUGACCUCUCUGCGGAUGUCACUGAGGAUCUGCUGUUCAAGAAGUUCAGCACUGUGGGGCCUGUGCUGUCUAUCCGUAUCUGCAGGGACCUGGUCACCCGCCGCUCUCUGGGCUAUGCCUACGUGAACUUCUUGCAGUUGGCUGAUGCCCAGAAGGCUCUGGACACGAUGAACUUUGACAUGAUAAAAGGCAAAUCCAUCCGUCUCAUGUGGUCUCAACGUGAUGCCUGCUUAAGGAAAUCUGGAAUUGGUAACGUGUUCAUCAAGAAUCUGGAUAGAUCCAUCGAUAACAAAACCCUUUAUGAACACUUUUCAGCUUUUGGAAAGAUCCUAUCUUCCAAAGUGAUGAGUGAUGACCAAGGCUCCAAAGGUUAUGCAUUUGUGCACUUUCAGAACCAGAGUGCUGCAGACAGAGCCAUUGAGGAAAUGAAUGGGAAGCUUCUCAAGGACUGCAAAGUGUUUGUUGGCAGAUUCAAAAACCGCAAAGAUCGGGAAGCCGAACUCAGAAACAAAGCCAGUGAAUUCACCAACGUUUACAUCAAAAACUUUGGAGAUGACAUGGAUGAUGAGAGACUGAGAGAAGUUUUCAGCAAGUAUGGCAAAACUCUGAGUGUUAAGGUGAUGACAGAUCCCAGUGGGAAAUCCAAAGGGUUUGGCUUUGUGAGUUUUGACAACCACGAAGCUGCCCAAAAGGCUGUUGAAGAAAUGAAUGGAAAGGACAUAAAUGGGCAACUGAUUUUUGUAGGCCGGGCACAAAAGAAAGUAGAGCGACAGGCUGAGUUAAAGCAAAUGUUUGAGCAACAGAAAAGGGAAAGAAUUCGUAAGUGCCAGGGAGUAAAACUCUACAUUAAGAACCUUGAUGACACAAUUGAUGAUGAAAAACUACGAAAGGAAUUUUCUUCAUUUGGAUCAAUUAGCAGAGUUAAGGUAAUGCAGGAGGAAGGGCAAAGCAAAGGGUUUGGCUUAAUCUGCUUCUCCUCUCCUGAGGAGGCCACUAAAGCAAUGACUGAGAUGAAUGGCCAGAUCUUGGGUUCCAAACCCCUCAACAUUGCCUUGUCCCAGAAGCAUUAGGAAAGAAAAACUUGACUUCACCAGUCAACCUUUGCAGCAGAUGAGGGAAUGGUAGUAAUCUCUGACUAAACUGUCCUCAGUAAAUUUCAGAUGCUACCUGAUGGCUGCUUAGGUUAGUAAACCUUGAAGGUAAAGGUUAUUAAAUGUUUUUCAUACCAAGCCAUUUUUUUUCUCCUUUUUGGAUAACUAAAUGACUCUUACAUGUGUGGUUCAUUUUAUAGAGGAACAUUUUCUAAUUACAGUAUCAUAUAUUCCUCUUAUUUUGAUG